AUGGCGGAGAAACAUCAGUCUGGCACUACCACACGCCCUAUCUCACCGACCGUCUUCGAUUCCAGGUCAGGGUUCAUGACUAGCCAGGAUGGUUUGUCUUCAUCCUCUGUGGAGACCGUAGCCGGAUUCACUGCAGGGCUUGUCUCGACGCUCUGCUUUCACCCGCUUGACUUGCUUAAGACUCGGCUUCAAGUUGACCGGUCAACCUCCUCUCGUCUUGGCAGCUCCUUGCGGAUCAUCCGUGGAAUCACCACACAUGAGGGUGGCUUCACUGCUUUCUACCGUGGGCUUGCUCCAAACUUGAUUGGAAACUCUACCAGCUGGGGCCUGUAUUUUCUAUGUUACAGCAGCCUCAAGGGUGCCAUUUGCACAUACCGAGCACAGGAAGAAUGGAUGCUUACAUCUUCUGAUUAUUUUCUCGCAUCGGGUGGAGCAGGCGCUCUCACAUCUAUUCUAACAAAUCCAAUAUGGGUGCUGAAGACCCGGAUGCUGGCAAGUGGCGCCCAAGCCCCGGGGGCGUAUCCCUCAUUCAUAUCUGGUGCGAGGGAGAUUUAUGGUACCGAGGGCAUGCGGGGGUUUUACCGCGGCCUCGUCCCCUCGCUAUUUGGUGUGAGCCAUGGUGCUUUUCAAUUUAUGGCCUAUGAACGAUUGAAGCGUUUCAGGUUGCGGACGCUACGCAGCGAACCCUUGACGGGAGACCCCAACACGGAGACAAUGGCGAGACGGCUCGGGAACUUAGAUUUCCUUGUCCUCUCCGGUUUAUCGAAGAUCUUCGCCGGGUGUGUGACUUAUCCGUACCAAGUCAUCCGAUCACGGCUACAGACCUAUGAAGCCCACAUAUUGUACCGCGGUACUCUGGAUACCGUUUCUCAGAUCUGGGCACAGGAGGGUGCUGCAGGUUUCUACAAGGGUCUCGGGCCAAAUCUGCUUCGAGUUCUGCCAAGUACUUGGGUGACCUUUCUUGUUUACGAGAACACUAAGGUCUACCUGUCGAAGCUAGCAGAGGAAGUAUGA